AGCGGGACGGGGCGGGGGUGCCGCGGCAUGGCGGGGCGCUGAGGGAGCGCGGCAGCGAGCGGCGGCGGGCGCCGGCACCCGGCCCCAGCGCGGCAUGGGCAGCCGCGGGGUCCUGCGAUGAGCGCUCCCCCGGCGGCUCCUCCCCGCGCGAAUAUGGGCACAGCCGUGUCCAAAAGGAAGACGCUGAGGAACGAGGCCAUGUCGUCGGUGGCGGCUAAAGUGAGAGCAGCAAGGGCUUUUGGAGAAUAUCUUUCCCAAAACCAUCCCGAAGGUAGAAACGGCUCAGAUCACCUCUUGGCAGACUCCUACAUCGGGCAGGAGGACUCCCCGGAGAUGCAGCAGACAGCACAGAACAAGCGCAGGCUCUCCGUCAUCUCCGAUGGCAAGUUCGAGCGGAGCUUCACCGAGGAGCAGGCAGAGAAGGUGCCAAGUGAGGGACCCAAGCCCCGGGUCUACACCAUCUCCGGCGAGAGGCCGAUGCUGUCAGACCACGAGAAUGAAAGUAUGGAACUGGUGGUGAUGAAGGGGGCUGCCCAAGAGGAAUGCCACCACGGUCACCAAGUGCACGGUGCUGGUGGCUCUCAUGGUGCUGGCAGGCAUUGCAAGGGCUGGCCAGGCAGCAGGCAGGGCUCUAAGGAGUGCCCAAACUGCACCCGGCUGGCUGCCCCUUCCCAGCAUUCCUUUGACCUGGAGCACCAUCAGUCCAGCGAGACAGGGUGGCACAGGAAAAGGCUGGAGAGGAUGUACAGUGUCGAUCGAGUGUCUGAUGAUGUCCCCAUACGAACCUGGUUCCCAAAAGAGAACCUCUUCAGUUUCCAAACUGCUACUACAACUAUGCAAGCGGCGUUCAGGGGCUACGCAGAGAGGAAGAGGCGGAAGCGAGAGAAUGAUUCUGCAGCUGUUAUACAGAGGAAUUUUCGGAAGCACCUCCGCAUGGUGGGGAGCCGAAGGGUUAAAGCACAAACAUUUGCCGAACGGCGUGAGAGGAGCUUCAGCAGGUCCUGGAGUGACCCGACUCCCAUCAAAGCCGAUUCCUUCCAUGACUCUCGAGAAAGCCAUGACCUUCAGGAUUCCUGUGGCACUUUGGAUGGCAACUUUGACUUGAACUGGGAAGCAGAAAAGGAACUUGAAGCCGUGGCAUGUGAUGGAGAAGACUUUAUUCCACCAAAAAUAAUGCUCAUUUCCUCCAAGGUGCCCAAAGCAGAGUAUGUCCCAACAAUUAUCCGCAGGGACGAUCCCUCUAUCAUCCCCAUUCUCUAUGACCAUGAACAUGCCACCUUUGAUGACAUCCUUGAGGAAAUAGAGAAGAAGCUGAACAUCUAUCGGAAAGGCUGCAAGAUCUGGAAGAUGCUGAUAUUUUGCCAGGGAGGCCCUGGUCACUUAUACUUGUUAAAGAACAAAGUUGCCACAUUUGCCAAAGUGGAGAAGGAGGAAGAUAUGAUCCUCUUCUGGAAGAGGUUGAGCCGGCUGAUGAGUAAAGUCAAUCCUGAACCAAAUAUCAUUCACAUCAUGGGCUGCUAUGUUCUUGGAAACCCCAAUGGGGAGAAGCUAUUUCAGAAUCUGAAAAACUUAAUGAAUCCUUAUAGGGUUGCCUUCGAGUCUCCACUUGAACUAUCAGCUCAAGGUAAGCAAAUGAUUGAGACUUACUUUGACUUCCGCCUUUACCGCCUCUGGAAGACCCGCCAGCACUCUAAACUAUUGGAUUACGAUGACAUUUUAUGAGCUGGAGAAGACUUUGCAAGAGGAAGUUGAUCACUGGUGUCCAGGAAGUCGUGCUGAUUGCAGAGAGACUUUUUUAUUGGCACGGGGAGCCCUUCAAAGCCCUAUGGGAGGCAGCAGUGCUAAAGGGAGGGAAGAAGGAGCCCUCGGAAGUGUGUUGGGAGGAAAGUCUCCUGGGUCAAGAGAGACUGGAGGGAAAGGGUUUGACACCUCACUCGCCUCAGGUCAGAGCCAUGGUGUCUCAGGAGGAGCUGUGUGCAACGAGGACAGGAUGGAGUUCCUAGCAGAACUGAGCUGUUUUGGGUCAGAAUGGGCCAGAUUUGAUUCCAGGUCCUUUUAAAGACUUUUGAAGCUCAGGUUUUCUUACAAAAAAAUAAAAUCAAAUCACUUACCCAUGCACUACACUGAAGAAGUGACCAGAGCACAGAGGAAGGAGGGUUUGUACUGAUGGCACCUUCUGUGCAGGGGAUGUUGGAGAGCAAGGACUGCUACACCUACUCCUGCAAGCUUAGAGCAAGACGAUCCAGUUUCCAUGUGAAUAUAUACUGGAAGAUAGAAUUGAAACCUAUCUCUUUUUGGUUUUGUUUAAUAGAAAUUAAGAAGUGCAAUUUUUAUAGCAAGGGGGGGUAGAAUCCCUCCCAAUAUUUAAUUAGUUAAAAAUAACACACCAGUAACCAAUAGAUGAGGUAUUUUUUUGGUCUGCUUGAAAAUAUAUUCAGAAUGGUAAUAUAUCUUCUGUAGACGUAUUUAAUCACCAGCAAACAUGGAUUUAAGGUAACUUAGCAGACCCUGCAUGUCUGCUGCAUUGAUUAAGCCGGUUUGGUUCCUUACUUUCAGAGUAGCUGUGUUGCACUCAUUGUGUGUGCUCUCACGAAUGUAUAGCUCUCCUCCAAGUAGACACAAGUUUGUUACUUUCUAUUUUGCUGCUUGCAAAACUACGGGACUUGAGUUUUGCUGAAAUACUUUAGGUUAGAAACACAGAACCUGGCUGAGAAGCCUCGGUUGGGUUCACUAUGGUAUCAAACUGAAUUAGAAAUUAAUAGCCAUGGUAAUUAACUUGUUGAUGCUGGUGUUUUGCUGUGUGUUGAGACGAGUUCUCCUCCUAGCCCGCGGUGUGGAGUGGCGCAGUUCCGCGACCACCAGAGACCCUCCACGGAGACUGAAGAGAUGCCUGUGGAGGAGCACAGCCUGGGUUUGUAGCACGAGUUUGGAUCUUCCCUCUGUUCACUUGAUUGCCAGUUGUUUGUGCAUCAACCACCUUUUUCCCCCUUCUAAACAGACCUGUUGAAUGGUCUGAGCUGCUCACAUCCCAUCCGGUGUAGGACAGAGGAAGCCCAGAGCUGUGUCGAGCAGCUGGGUUUGGGAACUCAGGCUCCUGCUUGGCAUGUGAGGGUAUAUUUAAGACUAUAUUUACUCUUUGUUUCAGUCAGGGGGUUGCUUUUUGGUUUGGGAAGGGUUUGUUCAUCUUGUACUCUCCCGUUCAGAGGGUAAAUACUGCUCAGAGCCUGUGUAGGUCUCUCUGGCAGUUCUGCGAGGUGAUACAUUACUGCUUUUCUAAGUCAUACACACUGGAGCAGUAACUGGGAAGGGUUACCUUGAUAUCCUGAUCUCCUGCUCUCUAAAAUUAGUUGUGGAGGACAAUAUAUGUACAAAUCUAAAUACUUAACAAAGAGAACUAGCUGUUCUGACCUGUAGAGUACUCCUUCCCCCUCGCUGUGGGUGUGAGUGUGGGGAGCAGGCGUCCGGCUGGAACUGCUCAACCCUUUACACUACAGCAGUUUUAUAGCAGAACUUUUGGAGAAAUAAUGUACAUACAGUAAGGAGAGGAACAGCUGAAGAGAGAUGGUUUAAAGUCAUUGAAAGCAACACAUUGAAACAAAUAGGUGCAGGCUGUUGUUGUACCCUAGGGGGGACCUCUUUGGGGUGGUUUGGUAGCCACGGCUCAUCCCUGGCUGGACCCUUGCCCUCUUCAUGUUGUCCAGACCUGUAGUGAAGGGGAUAAUGGGCCCCAGUCUGUAGCUUUUGGAGGGAAAUGCCAGGUAUAAGAAAGAAAACACAACUGAGGCCAGUUCUGUUCUGUAGGAUGGCGGCUUCCACCAGCUGUGCUGGGAGAGGUGGGAGCUGGGGGUGCGAUGAAAGCAGGAAGUCGUGUGUGAUGUGGAGAAGGCAACAGCAGCAGCAGGUUAAAAUGCUGACACAAACCCCUCUCCCUUUCUGCCCCUUUGGUCAUGCUCCUAACUGGGGGCAAAAUGUUCUUUCUCCUUGCUAAACUAAACCCCCAAUCUAGUGAACUUGGUAGCAUGAAUGUAGCAUUGUGGAACUAUUGAAAACCUUUAACUCCGAAAGGGCCCGUUUCUGUAUCCACUUGAGUGAUUUCUCUGUACAACUAUUGUAUAUCUAUCCUCAUUGACCACUUGUAGAAGUAGGGGUGCAAAGUAGCAAGGUAGCUUGUACAGUUGCAUAACUUCUGUAGGAAGAUGUGUGUUUGAAUGACCAUUAUGGACUGUUGUAGUGGUGCAGUUGACUGUAGUGUAGUGUAAUGACACCGACGAAUGCGUUUCUCUCCAAAGAUCUAUAUUCCUCAGUUUGUGAUGUUUAUGACAUGAGUGUGUUAUUCCCUUUGUGGUGUUUGACUAAAGAGAUGAAAUGCUCUAAAAGCUGUGACUGGAAAGACAA